ACACACAAUUCCCGGGUUCCGCCGUGGGAACACAACACGUUAUGAGAUGCGCGCGCAGACGUGAUCAAUCCAGAGGAAUUCUGGGAAGGUUGCGAAUUUUUUGUCCGCCAUGUUGUUAUGUAUAAAGGCGGAAAAUUUACCGUUAUUUUGCCUUCAUUUGUGAUUUUUAGCACAUUUCUCCAGAUUCUAUCUGAAUGAGAGGACGGAUGAUACCACUAUUUCUGACUUCAGCUCGGUGAUUUUGGCCUAUUUGGCCUAUAGAGGCACAUUCUGGCAUUUUUAAGGGAUCGUUGACACUCCGUCAUCAUGAGCAAGCUAAGUUUUCGAGCUCGGGCUCCCGAUCCCGCGAAGCCGAUGCCCAUCUACACAACAGAUGAGCUUCCAGAUUUGCCUGAUUUUUCCACUACCAAUCGGGCAGUUCCUCAAAUGCCCACAGGAAUGGAAAAAGAAGAAGAAUCGGAGCAUCAUUUGCAAAGGGCUAUUUCAGCACAGCAAGUGUAUGGCUCAGCAAAUCAUCUGGUUAUUCCAACCCCUGAGGUUCUCUCCAACCAGGAACUGUAUGAAAAUCUGUAUGAUGCAAGCUGCAAACAAAACAGACAGUACAUUCAUGUGCAGCCCCUUAGCAUGGAGCAGGACAUUCCAGACUAUGAUAUGGACUCGGGGGAUGAGAGAUGGUUGAGUGAAGAGGCAAAACUCUUCACAGAUAUCACUCCUCUCAAAUUUGAGAUCAUGAUGGACAGAUUGGAAAAGGGGAGCGGUCAGAGGGUGAUGAAUCUGAAGGAUGCCAAGGCUCUUUUGAAAGAGGAUGAUGAUCUAAUCAUAGCAGUCUAUGACUAUUGGCUCAACAAGAGAGUCAGAGUGGGACAUGCGCUGAUACCCGAGGUCAAACAAGAGAAGCGUGAUGGCUCUACCAGUAAUAAUCCCUAUGUAGCUUUCAGAAGACGAACAGAGAAGAUGCAGACGAGAAAGAAUCGCAAGAACGACGAGGUUUCAUAUGAGAAGAUGCUCAAACUCAAGCGAGACCUUUCCAAGGCAGUAACAUUGCUGGAGAUGGUCAAGCGAAGAGAGAAGAGUAAACGAGAAAAUCUUCACUUAACGAUAGAAAUAUUCGAAAAGAGGUAUCAAAUGGAUGAUUUCUCAGGGACCAUUUAUGCCGAGUGUGAGGAACUCAGCAAGAAACAACCUUCAUUUACGAUACCUGCUAUUCCUAAUGGCAACCAGUAUAAUACAUGGGGUGCCAAGGAUGAGAAUCUAGUGAAGAAGAAGAGGGAAUACAAGAAGAGGAAGCACAAAACUUCUUCAGACAAACCCCGUCAAUCAUCAUCCAGUCCUAGAGACAGGCAUGUUAUUGAGCCUCGUAUAUCAGACGAAGACACAACGGUUACACAACCUUCAAAAGUGCAAUCAUUAUCAGAUCAGGAGGAGGAGAAUGAUCCCGAUGGUAUCUAUGCAUUCAGAAGAAAGAAGGGCUGCAAUUAUCAUGCGCCUAACCCAGAGCUGGUCUGUGGGUGGCCUUGGUCAGAAGGCCAACACAAGGGUCUUAUGGAGAGGCGAUACCGUUACUGUUGCACCUCUAUACGAAGGCCUAGGAAGUGUAUUGGCUUUAGCAGGAGAAGAAUCGGUAGAGGCGGGAGGAUAAUCUUAGACCGUGCAAGAACGAUGUGGGAUGAUGAUCUAGAUGAUCUUGAUGACCAUUCAUACCCAAGGAGUCCAUCACCAGUAUCUUCAUCGGAUGAAGAGGACUAUCCGGUAUCACCUGUAGAUCCCAGACCCUCACAAACCAGUCUUCCACUUAGUCAACUCCUUGAAGAAAUCAAGGCAAAAAGAAUAUCACACUUCAGACCAAAGACGCCCCCACCCAGCAAAGAAAGCCAGUCAUUCUCAUCGUAUCCCUCCUCCUCUUCAUCAUCCUUCCAUCAGUCGUCAUCGCUCUAUCCUUCCUUGCUAUCAGAGUCUAUCUACAUGAGCUUCCCAGAGAGACCUCCUACAUUAAGCCAUACUACUUCACUCUACACCCCUUCUCUGGAUACUGCCUCCACCUCCGCAUUCCUGGACCCCUCUCUUGAGGAGGAGAUCAUAGUAGAUGUGUCCGACACACCAGGGACGGUCAUGUCUACGUUAGAACUCAACAGCGAGGGGUUGGACAGCGUGCCGGAUACGCUGGACUUGCAGUCCAUGGAGGUGGACGUGGUCGGUCAGGACGGGACGCCCCCUGACCUCAACGUGUCGUUCACGUCGUUACCGAGGUCCAAGUUCAGUUUGGAACCGAGCGUGGUGAAAGUUUUAUCUCAGGAAAGAACUGGUGUUCCCGCGGCAAAAGGAUCCGUGCCAAAUCAUAUACAAGUUGAUGACACAAACAAUGUAGAGAUCGAUAGUAAAUUAACAGCACCACAGGGCCAUUCCACUGCCCCUGCAGAUACAGUACUACAGCUUAAUUUCCCCUUACCGCCGUCGACGGGCAACAAGGCAUCGUCACUCCUAGCCUCCCUCUCCCAAUCAUCGCGCCUUGGUCAGGACAAAGCACGCACAAACUCUCUCACCGACUCUUGUAACAGUCUCCUAUCCAGUACUAAUACCAAUUCACAAGACGACAAGAUGAAGAAGAGGGAAGGUUCGUCGUUGCUGAGUUCUAAGGAAUCAAGUCAGAGCAGUGGUUCACCAGCGAGCAACCUUUUGGCGAUGGGGGUUAAGAGAAAGAAUGAUGUAGAUACCAUCGCAAAGGAGAACCAUGAGGAAAGUCCAGGAAGAAAUCAAAUACCUAGUAACAAAUCGGUCCCCAUGGAGGUUACGUGAAGAAAGUCAUCAUCGCCCCCCUCCGAGGGGCAUGAAUGCUAAGACGAAUAACAUCAUAGCACGGACGGUUCGCUAGAGGUCAUAUGAUUAAGAGCAUUGUAUAUGUAGCUGCGUGGACUUGUCACAGUAGAGAGUGAGAGAGAGAGAGAGUUGUGAUCAAUGGAAUAGCUUUUGCGAGGUAUUGUGAAUGAAAGGAAUUUUGAUGUUUCAAGUUAUCGUACAUUAUACAUGAUCUAUCCUAGCUAGCUACGUCUCCACUUCACUGGAGGAAAAAAAAUGAAAAGACGAGACGAAUCCAUCCUUCAAAGUUAACUUUUGAUAUGCAAGUCAAUGAAUUUAUUCAACUUAAAUUAAUAAAUAUUACAUAUGAAAUAUUAUACCAAUGUUGGUCCAUCUAGUUUUUCUUUGAUUUGUAAAUAAAGAUUAAUCUUGUGGUUAUGUUAGAAAAUAUUUGGAAAAAAAUAAAAAUAAAAAACGUGAACCAUUGCCUUGAGUCAAGGCAAUGGGUAGUCUUUUUGCUGCACAGCCAUUAAUACUAUUUUAUCCGUAGUGAGUUGAAACUUCUCCAAAUUCUCUAUUUGGGAUAUUUGUAGUUCCAGGAGCCUUAUAUAUUACUUUGAAAUUUACAUGAAAUGGGUAUUCACGUUACUCCAAGAUGUGAUUUGUAAUUGAAUAGCAUUUAACUAAAUCUCUGUAUUAGAGGGAAGAAACCGAAUGGGUCACCGCACACGAUCGUGUGUGAGAAGUUAUUUUUGUCAACAUUCAAUUUAGUGAUUUUCCAUCGAUACAAGCUUCGCUGGUAAAUGAUUGUGGCAAAUGUUACUUCUAAGGCUGUAAUAAGUACGAGGGUUUGGCUGGUACAAAGGUAAAUAAUAUGAUUCCGCUUCAGCUCUGUAAUAUCGUGUACUACAAAAAUAAAAUACUGGUAACAACAUUAUCCAUUGUGUCUGCUGAGAUAAAUCUGUACCAUUUGCUGUACUGUGCAUUAGGAAAUCAAUAUUUUUAUACCACAUGUUGCUGAUGCAAGACUCCACAGAAUAUGAAUGUCUGAGGCAUAUUUUGUCAAUUUGUGGCUCAAGCAUUACCAGGUAUUUAAGCUAUGUAAUGAUUGUGAGAAGCAACAGGUCAGUGUAUCACGAUGUGGUGAUUGAUCCAAUCAAUCCCAAUUAUGGAAAGUCAGACACUUAUGAUUCAGAAUGCGCAUGUCUAACCAAUUACUCUUCAUGUAUGGAGGUGUUGAGGCUCAGUGGAUAAGUCUCGGCAAGGUCCGGGGUUCAAAUCCCACCGCAGCACUCGCGUCCUUUGGCAAGGCGUUCAUCUACGUUUGCCACUCUCCACCCAGGUGUAGUGAAUGGGUACCCGGUAAGAAGGAAUUCCUUGAAUGCUCGAGCGUCCGAUCAGGGUAGCUGUGACAAAGCCGGAGUAAUAGUAUGCAGCGCUUAGAAACAUUUGUAUUAAGCGCUUUAUUAAUGUUGCAUAUUAUUAUUAUUCUUUAUACCAGUCAGCAUAUACCUGUUUACAAAGGGUCAAUCCAUGACUUUCCAGUCAACAUGUAGGACAGGGCCUGGUUAAACAAUGCUCCGCGAUCGUUUGUAGAGCUGAAUUUUAUAAUUGAUUGCAUUGAUCGGUAUAUGUAAUCACAUCAUACAAAUCAACUGUACGGUCAAUCUCUAAGCUUUGUGUUAUCAAGCCUUAUGGGGUAUUGCAAGAAAAUUGCAAUCAAUUGCACAUUUCUAAUGCAAAUUUACAAGUGAAAGAUCAAUUUUGCAAUUUAUACUUGAUGGUAUAUGAAGUACACCCAACAAUCAAUUACAAUUUGCGAUGAAAUGCAUGACUUUCGAUUGACUUUGGGACUAAGAAUUGACUUGCGAUCAAUUGCAAGUUCCUUGCAACACCCCAUUAGUCAUCUAAUAGUUGCCCAGACACUGUACCAUAACUGUUAAUGAGAUGUGAAAAUGAAUAGAUGAAGACUGUAUUUGAUGUCAGUGUUGAAGUAAUUUCUAAAGGUUUAUAUUUACUUGGUCGACAACCAGUUGGUCUUCUCAGAUAGUCUAAAUGGGCUAAACUCAUUUGGUCUACUAUUAAUAUAGUGUAAUUGCCUUUCGAUCUUCACAACUUUGGGUUUUAUAGAUUACCGAAGUGGUGAUGUCACAGAUAACUUUUUUUUUCAUUUCAGCAUUUUUUAUACCAUACCGCAGCAGGGCAUGAUGAAAAACACCCAUCACCCAAAUUUGGUGGAAAUCUGUCCAUGGGGGCCUUAGAUAUGACCUCAUAAAUACAUAAUUAGCCCCAACGAAGUCAAUGUAUUCAUGAGGUCAUAUCUAAGGCCCCUCCCCCCAUGGGCCGAUUCAUACCGAAUUUUGGUUGUGGAAGUAUUUCAUCAUGCUCAACAGAAAUAUGGUAUAAAAAGUGGUAAACUACACACAAAAAAAGAAAAUACACUUUGGUACUGUAUUAAUAGUGUAUGGGUCAGAAUGUUAAAUUUCCAUUUUAUCUAACAAUUAUUUUGUACUCUCAAAUGAAUUUUGAUUAUUGAAAAUUCAUCUAAUCACAUAGGCAGUGAUGUUAGACCAAUUGGGUAUUAGACACAAUGGGUAAAAAUUAACUGGAAAUUCGACAAAAAUGGCAAAUUGGCAAUUAGACCAAAUGGUUAGGAAACAAUACAGUUGUAAACAAACAUGGAUUAGACCUUGUGGGAUGAGACCAAAUUAAAAGUAGAUCAGUCCAGCAAAGAGUUACGAUUGAUCCCAUCAAGCUCGAGUAUACGGAAAUCCAUCAAUGUCAUAACUUUUUCUUCAGGCAAUUUGCACUAUGUCCUCUGUGAAUAAAGAGAAGCACACUGAAUUUUCAAGAAUAAUAUUAAUAUAUAUAUCCAGAAAAUAUUCUAAACAAACAUGUAUUUUAGAUGUUGACGUUGCUGGCUUUCCAUAGUCGGGUUGAUUGGAUCAAUCGUAACUCUUUGUGAGACAGGGCCCAGGUGGGUGUAGACCGAGUGGCAUUUUACUAUUUCUAAAGCUUGUAUACAAAUCAUUUUGGCUCAGGUUCUUUAUAAUAUCUUCUUGAAGAGAACAGACCUUUGUGUGCCUCGCUAAUGUUGGUUUGAAUUGUUGGUAGCUUGUUAAUUCAUCACAUUCCAUUGAUAUUAGUAUGGGCUGGAUACCCAUGCGAAUAGAUCUACAUCUUGAGGAUGUAACGGUGAUUUAUGUCCACUGAAUGAAAUGUUGAUUGAGAGGUAUAAGGGCACUUUGUCUAUACACAAACAUUUUUCGAUCCUAUUUUGGAAUAUUUUCCUGUUUUUAUGAUGUUAAUUUUUUUAAAGAACAGCUGAUUUGGAAGUUCGUAAUUAUUCAUCCCCUUGGCAACAGUUGCUAUCAGUACAAAUCCUCAGCUUCAAUUCCCUGAUAAAUGCCUAGCUUUGUAAUGCUAUGACAAAGAGAAGUAUGUAACAAAGUAAAAUAUCCUAUAUUCUCUUCCCCCCC